CUCCCUCGAACCUUAACGACUCGACUUUUUGGAUGCAUUGAAGCUCCUCAUGGCGGCCGAUCAGAAUGACGCUUUUGAUGCUAUCAACAAGAGCAAAUUCAAGGAUCUGCCUCCGAUUCAAACUUCUUUCAAGGAUAAACCUUUACCGGCCAUAAAAGAGCCUCCAAAGGAUAAUGGCAGAGAUACACCAAACUCAAACAGAACCGGACGUGGGUAUCGAAGAUUGAAUCCCAAGUCUAGUCUAUUUAAUCUCUUCAGUCGACCAAAGGUGGAGAAGCAAAGAGGAUUCAAUGAGUCUGGUUAUGCUGCCACCCCAAUCAUCGAGCCUGGAAGAGAUACACCCAGCCCGGACCUGAUUGUGCGCGAACCUGCACCUCCCUCUAUUAAUGGACCGCAAUCGGUAUACCGACGACCCAGUACCUCACUUUCAGUACGUGAAGAUCCUCGCAAACUGGCACGAAGCCGAACACCAACGUCAGACGAUGUCAGAGAAGAAGACGAAACGCCUGCAUUGCCUACACUAUUCGACAUUUACUCGGACUCGAGCAAAGUGACCAUCGCACAAGCCAUCGACGAAUCUGGCGCAUCUCGUUUGACACGACCUCGGAAAUCGAACGCCUCCCACAUCAUCCCAGCACAUAUUCAUGAAGAGAGAAGAGGCAGUGUCGAUAGUAUCAAGGGGGAACACAAAGCACAAAGCAGGAGCGGACGAAACUCGCUCAGCCAGGGACCUUUCCAACGCAAGAUCUUUGCCCUUUCCAACGAUGGUCUCAUCCUCCAAUACCCUGAGAAAGGUGGUGGUGAGAGACUGCCUGAGCGAGCUCUGCAACUGGGACCCGAGUCUGUUGCUUUUGCUUGUGACUUGGUGCCUGGAAGACCAUAUGUGUUACAGGUCGACCAAAAGCCAAAUGCUGUCUCCGAACAUCACAUGCUUCAUUCGCAAACAUCACUUCUCACCAAGAUUGGACUCAAGGACAACCUCCCUCGUGUCGGCGAACAUAGCAUACUCAUCAUCCUUGACACUGCUGAAGAGCUUACUUCUUGGAUGAAUGCUGUGAGAAAGCAAAUUCUCGUCUUGGGUGCCGUCGUUGGCGAAGGUGUCAAGCCAGACGCAAUCGAGAAGCAGAGCACUACUGCGCCUAAACUGCGAAUAAAGCAACGGGUUUCGAUAAGUCAACAAGACCAGCCAUCAUUCACCAACUUUUCAUUCCCGAAGACCAGCCCGGAGUUGGGCAGCACCGGAAGAUUGAGACGCGACUCUAGUGCUGCAGUUGCACCUACCAGUCAGCCAGAAGUGACUGAGAUCAUCUCGCACCCGCGAAGAAACUCCAAUGCGACGAUCCCUCGCAAGCCGUUACCAGAGCGCGAUGGUAUCGAAAGGCUCAAGAAGAUGGCUUCUUUCGAUACGAUGGGAUCUCACGACUCACCCUUGUCUGUCACUACCCACGACUCAGCUGUCAGUUUCGGCAUGAGCGCAGGAAAGCGCAUGCUCCGUGAGAAGAACGCAUCUCAAAAGUCGUCGAUAGGAUCUUUGCAUGACGAAUUUGGUACUGAUAGUCCUAUUCUUCCUCGAUCAGCAACCACUGGUCAACUUGAACGUCCAAAGCCGAACCCCGUUGUCGACAGACCUCGUCCAGACUCUUUUGUUGCCGACUUGCCUCUGCUCUGGCCAGCACGUAAGCCCUCCGAAGCAGUGUUGGCAUCCAUCAAUCAACAAAUAUCAUCACCACCGAUGAAGCGUCUGCCUCUGAAGGUGAAUCCUUCAUCCAACAGCAUGUCUCUACCUCGACAGAGGCCUUCACAUUCACCUCAAAAACCGACUCCACCACCUACGAGAGCACUACCGGCAAUUCCAACAAUGCCUUCUAGACAGGUUGAGAACUUCUCUCGCAAGCCUCAGCGUACCCCUUCGAUUAAACUCUCGCUCUUCCCCAACGCUGAUAUUGUGGCCGCUCCAACUUCUGCUCCUUCUCCUGCAAAGCCUCUUCCUCCUUCUCCCGCUGAGGAUAUGGUCCGGUCCCAAGAUCGUCCGCUUCGUCGACCGGCUAGUAUCCAGAUUCGCAGCAACCACGCUCCAUUUCUCUCUUCUGUUCGCCCCAAGACCUCUUCAAGCCGUCCUCAACUAUACAAAGCCGAAUCUGUACCCUGCCUUCGCGGUGCGAGCACCCUUCCCAGAGCUCCCAUGGUCAAAAAACCUACCUCAUCGCCUCUACCUCCCCUUGACUUGGGCAUGCCUAUUGUCGGUCUAGCACCACCCGCACCUCCACCAUCACUUCCUCUGCCCAAGUUGCCGCCCGGUGCGCAGCCAAAGGCUUUGGCAGUCUGAUAUCACGCUUCUACUAGUCCUCUUUUCCAUAACCCUUUCUCAAGCUUGCACUAUCACGAUACAAUGGGUUUGGGUAAUGUCUUUGUGUUCACAAAUCUCUUUUUCUUGGCGCGACCAAAUGCUGGCAUUUUUUCUUUUCUUGGAGAAUUUGUUUUUAACGAAAGGACAUUAUGAUAUGGGGGUCACAAAAAUCGCGUUCUUUGUUUCUCUUCUCUUGCUUCUCAAUAUUGUAGAAACUUCUUCUAGAUAGCGCCUUCCUC